AUGGAAUCGAGCAGUGCCGCAAUUCAAGACCCUCCAAGUAAUAACAUUGAUCUUGGUGAUCCUUGGAUACAUCGAGAUCUGGCCCUUGUACAUUGGGAACGUUUCGAACAAUCCGGAGAACGUGAAGAACUCGAAAAGUCUAUUGCUCAUGAUCGUACGGCUCUCAAACUCUGUCCUGAAGGGCAUCCUGAGUGCUCGGAUUUGUUGUAUAAUCUUGCAACUUCUCUAUCGACGCGAUACGAGCAAUGGGGCCAAUGGGAGGAUUUGGAAGAAGCUAUUGCACUGCAAAGAGCCGCCCUCGAGCUUCUCCCCGAUGACCGUUCUGAUCGUUCUUCGUUUCUUAACAACCUUGCAAUUUCUCUGAGCACCCGAUAUAGGCAGUGUGGAAGUACUGGAGACCUUGAGGAGGUCAUCAAAUUACACAGAGCCGCACUCGAUCUUCUUCCCAAAGGCCAUCCUGAUCGUUCUUUAUCUCUCAACAACCUUGCAAGUUCUCUGAGUACCAGAUACAAACAGUCUGGGAGCGCUGAAGGUCUUGAGGAGGCCAUCGAGUUAGAACGAGCUGCUCUAGAGCUUCGCCUCGAAGGCCAUCCCGGUCGUUCUUCGUCUCUUAACAACCUUGCCGUUUCUCUGAUCACGCAAUACAGACUGUACGGAAGGAACGAGUAUAUUGAGGAGGCGAUCGAGAUGCACAGAGCUGCCCUCGAGCUUCGCCCCAACGGCCACCCUGAUCGCUCUUCGUCUCUUAACAACCUUGCAAGUUCACUAAGCACUCGCUACGAGCAGCAUGGAAGGAGCGGGGAUCUCGAGGAGGCGAUCGAGCUGCACCAAGCUGCCCUUGAGCUCUGUCCCAGCAGCCAUCCUGAUCGCUCUAUGACUCUCAACAGCUUUGCACUCACUCUGAACACCCGGUACAAGCAACAUGGAAGGACUGAGGACCUUGAGAAGACGAUUGAGUUGGAACGAGCUGCCCUCGAGCUUCGCCCCGAAGGCCAUCCUGAGCGGUCUUUGUCUCUCAAUACUCUUGCACUUUCUCUAAGUACUCGAUAUGACCAUCAAGGAAGGAAUGAGGAUCUUGAGGAGGCCAUUGAGUUACACAGAGCAACCCUGCAGCUUUGCCCUAUGGGCCAUUCUCGUCGUCCCAUGUCGCUCAAUAACCUUGCACUUUCUCUGAACACCCGGUAUUUGCAGCAUGGAGGGGUUAAGGAUCUUGAUGAAGCUAUCGAGUUGCAUCGAGCUGCCCUUGAGCUCCACCCCGAAGGUCAUUCUCACCGUUCUAUGUCUCUCAACAAUCUUGCGAAUUCUCUGAGAACCCAAUACAUGCAGCAUAGAAGGAUUGAGGGACUUGAGAAGGCUAUUGAGUUGUCCCGAGCUGCCCUCGUUCUUCUCCCCGAAGGUCAUCCAAAUCACUCGUUAUCUCUCAACAAUCUCGCAAGUUCUCUGAGUGUCCGAUACGAGCAGAAUGGAAGGGGUGAGGAUCUUGAGGAGGCUAUCAGGCUGGAACGAGCCGCCCUCAAGCUUCGCCCUGAAGGCCAUCCGGAUCGUUCUUUAUCACUUAGGAGCCUUGCAAAUUAUUUAUAUGCUCGAAUCAGGAACCGAUGGAGUAUGGACGAGUUUGAAGACUGUAUUCAAUUAUUGGAGCUUGCUGCUACGCAUCAAUUCUCAGGAUCGUUGGAGCGCCUUUUUGCAGCGCGUCGAUGGGCAGAACUUGCACGGUCGCAUGACCAUAACACCACUUUUGCGGCUUAUAAAGCGAUAAUUUUAAUUCUUCAGCAUGCUCUCACCAUAAGUCCAACGCUCCGCGAACAACACGAUUUCCUUACUGGGAAAAAUGUCCACAGAGCACUGACUUUGGAGGCAGCUUCCUAUGCCAUCGAGAAGAAUAAAUUGGAACAAGCCAUAGAGGUACUUGAGCAAGGAAGGGGCUUACUUUGGUCUCAGUUACGCGGUCUUAGGACCCCUCUGGAUCAACUCGCAGAAACAAACAAAGAACUCGUCAACAGACUCAGGAAUAUCAAUCGCCGGCUGGAGAAUCUCGCGACAUCAUAUGACCCAUUAACGUCCGGUUCAAUCGCAGAUGGAACCAAAUCGGUUGCAAUAGACCCACAAGGAGAAUGGAAAUCAUUUGACGAGCUGUUGGUAUUAAAGAGACAGCUUUCGAAUGAGAAAGAGAAGGUUAUCAACGAGAUCCGGAGAGUUCCAGGGUUUGAGAGCUUUCUCGGAGCUAAAUCAUUUGAGGUGCUGCGGCAGGCAUCUUCGGAGGGACCGGUCAUCGUCGUCAAUCACUGCCGAUAUCGUUCCGAUGUCCUCAUCAUCCACUCCAGUGUCGACUUAUCAGUUGACACUAUCCCUCUAGACAGUGAGUUCUAUGAAGAUAGCGUCGAACUAUGCAACCAGCUCGUAGGAACGCGCCAACGGUCAGGCGCCGAUUCACUAGAAUAUGACGAGAAGCUCCGCAAGGCGAUGAAGAUGCUAUGGGACAGAGUUGUCUCUAACGUCGUGAAUAAACUUACAGAAGCUGGAAUUGCAAAAGGCUCUCGCAUUUGGUGGUGUCCUACAUCCGUGUUGACCAUGCUUCCGUUCCAUGCAGCAGGGCCUUUUGAGGAUGCGGAUGGUACUAGGAAGUACUUGUUAGAUGACUAUGUAUCAUCGUAUACGCCGACGCUCGCCGCCCUCAUCAAUGCGCGAUCAGACAGCGAUGAAGAUGAUCCAACUGUACUUGUGAUUGGAGACACCUUACUUCGGUCAGCUAAACAGGAAAUUUCCAACGUCCGGAAUUGUGGUAUGCGUACCAAAUUACUCCUUGGCAAGAAGGCAUCUCACGAUAGUGUGAUCAAAGCCAUUCAGGAAGCGCGAUGGGUGCAUUUUGUUUGUCAUGGCUUUCUAGAGUCAAAGGCUUUUGGCUCUUCAUUCAAUUUAUCGGACCGUGGUCUAACAAUGCUGGAUAUUGUUCAAACGAAUCUUCCGAAUGCAGAGUUUGCGUUCCUUUCUGCCUGCCAUACUGCGGAACAACAUCACGAAGGAGUGUACGACGAGGUCCUUCAUCUGGCAGCGGCUAUGCAAUUUUCUGGUUUUCGAAGUGUGAUUGGUUCGAUGUGGGAGUUACUUGACACAGAUGGGCCCGCAUUAACCAAGGUUGUUUAUGAGUAUAUCAACGACUGCGAGAAGGGUGAAGUUAAGUAUAAAAGGGCGGCUGGUGGCCUUCGAAAAGCAGCUUUGGAGCUGAAAGCGCGGGAUGGGAUUCGGACUGAACGAUGGGUCAAUCUUGUACAUAUAGGUGCUUGA